ACAAACAACAACAUAAUCAUCUUGUUGCAAAAAGAAGACUCCAAUAUUUUUGGAGUAUCAAAAGCUCUCUUUUUUUGUGUUGUUACUUGUUAUGUUGUUGCAAAUGUGUGGUGCUAAUUCUCUAAGAUUAUUUGUUAUUGUCUGGUGAGGUUUAUCAUCAUCAUCACCUGCUACAAAUGCUUGAAACCAUAGCUUCCUCUUGGCAUGGUCCAAUGGGACAUGACUUUACUAUUCAACCAAGCAUAGUAAGUUCUAGUCAUCACUUCCCACACAUUUACAGACACCCUUAUAAAGGGCCAAGUCGACAAAAUAAACGACUGCACACGCCUGCAUUUGCCACUUGUCACAGGAUACAGCAUUGUAGUCAUACAGCUGCAAAAUUACCAAAUAGUACACCUUUGUUACCUUCCUCAUUUCUUGGAGGAAGGCGAUUUUAUAUCUUGAAUCAUAGACAUUAUCAAAGAGGGGGGAAGUUUUGUAUGAAUGCAGGCAUUGAUGUUGGUGGUGCAGUUGAGGUCAUUAAUGACCUCGGAUUGGAUACUUUGACAUUCUUAGCUGUUACUGUAUUAGUGGUUCCUGCCUUUAAGAUCGUCAAAGCUAGCCCUAUUCUUGGUUUUUUCUUUGCGGGAGUCGUGCUCAAUCAAUUUGGAUUGAUUAGAAAUCUUACGGAUGUUAAAGUCCUUUCUGAAUGGGGCAUCCUUUUCUUGCUAUUCGAGAUGGGCUUAGAGCUUUCACUUGCACGUCUGAAAGCUCUUGCUAAAUUUGCCUUUGGUAUGGGUUUAACUCAGGUUGUUUUCUGUACACUUGCUUUCACGGCAUUCGAACUGCCACCUAAUAGAGCUAUUGGAACUCAAAUUCUGCAGUAUCUUUUCCACUCCAGGUCUGAUCUGGUGAACAUCAGAAGUAUCGAUGAGGCUAUAGUAAUUGGUGCUGCUCUCUCGUUGUCAUCUUCGGCAUUUGUUCUACAGCUUCUUGCAGAGAAGGGUGAGCUGCCAACUCGAUUAGGGUCAGCUACUCUCGGGAUACUUCUACUGCAGGACAUAGCAGUUGUCCCUCUUUUAGUCAUACUUCCAGUGUUGGAGAGCCAGAAUCUAGUGCAAGAGAGUAUUUUGCCGAUGCUUGUUAAUGAAAGUUUGAAGGCUUUACUUGGAUUAGGUGUGCUCUCUCUUGGUGGGAAAUUCUUUCUUAGACGCAUUUUCGAGGUUGUUGCAGAAGCAAGAAGCUCAGAAGCUUUUGUAGCACUAUGUUUAUUAACAGUUGCUGGAACAUCACUUAUAACUCAGAAAUUAGGCUUCAGUGACACGCUUGGAGCUUUCUUAGCUGGGGCUCUAUUGGCCGAAACAAAUUUCCGGACGCAGAUCGAAGCUGAUAUAAGGCCUUUUAGGGGAUUACUUCUUGGGUUAUUCUUUGUGACUACUGGAACAUCUAUUGACACACAGCUACUUUUCCGAGAGUGGCCGAAUGUAUUAUCACUCUUAGCUGGUCUAAUUGUUAUCAAGACACUUAUUAUAACAGCAAUUGGUCCCCGUGUUGGACUAACUCUGCAAGAGAGUGUUAGGAUUGGGUUUCUUCUUUCUCAAGGUGGUGAAUUUGGAUUUGUAGUUUUUUCACUUGCAAACAGGCUAGGGGUGUUACCGCUUGAGCUUAACAAGCUUCUUAUAAUUGUUGUUGUGCUGUCAAUGGCAUUGACUCCCUUACUUAAUGAUCUUGGACGCAAGGCUGCCGAUUUUAUUAGUGAAAAUGUUGAGGAACAAAAUAAAACUGCUGAAGUGGCAAAUUUUGAUGCCGCCGAUCCAGUUGUUAUCCUUGGGUUUGGACAAAUGAGUCAGGUUCUUGCCAACUUCCUGUCCACUCCAUUGGCCUCUGGAAUAGACGGGGACGCUGGAUGGCCUUUUGUUGCGUUUGAUCUUGAUCCAUCUGUAGUGAAGGAAUCUAGAAAACUCGGUUUCCCUAUCCAAUAUGGGGAUGGAUCACGUGCAGCUGUUUUGCAGUCUGCUGGUAUAUCUUCUCCAAAAGCGGUCAUGGUUAUGUAUGACGGAAAGGAGCGGGCAGUUGAGGCUGUUCAAAGGAUCCGGCUUGCAUUCCCUGGAGUACCUAUAUAUGCCCGAGCUAAAGACAUCCCACAUCUCUUGGAUCUAAAGGAAGCAGGGGCAACAGAUGCUAUUCUUGAAAAUGCAGAGACAAGUUUGCAGCUUGGUUCCAAGCUUCUGAAGGGGCUAGGUGUUAUGUCUGAUGAUGUAAACUUUUUAAGUCAACUUGUUCGAGACUCGAUGGAAUUGCAAGCUCAGUCAGAUAUUGUAAUUAAGGAUCCGGACUCUGAUGUUAUGGAGUCACUACAGGUGAGAGUUGCAGAUUUAGUAGCAACAACCAAACCUGUAACAACAGUCUCAAGGAAAGAAGAAUCAGUGAGAAUCAGCCAAUUAGCACGAGACAGCAUCUUAAUGACACAGGAGAAAAUAGAAGCACCCAAGACCAGUAACAAUGACGGGGAGGAUGGUAGAGGGGUGUUAUAUUGUGAACUCGAUACAGAUGACAAUGUUCCAAACCAACAUUAGAGGUCAUAGUCAUGUAUACAUGUGGUUCAUGAUUCUUUAUGUGCCACCCUUUGUAGAUUCUUUCAAUUAUGAUUUCUUUUCUUUCA